AUUGGUAAUCACAGAAUUGGUCUAAAUGUCAUAAAAAUUUAUUUGGACUCACGUGUUAAUGUUAUUUUUUUUAAGAAUUGUUUCAUCUUGUGCCUUUAAUCGUUAUACUAUAUCACAAUGAAGCAUAAAAGAUUUGAAGAGAACAUAUUAGUUGACGAAGCGUACACAAACUAUGGCAAAGUUGACAAAAAUGCCGACGAAAAGAAAGGUUACGGGAUCGCUAAACAUUUCGCAGACACUUUGGAAUACGGAGAUAAAAAGAAAUGGUUUCAGCAGAUGCCAGAAGAGCCAUCAUCCGCUGCCACAAAUAGUUUAUCACCAGAAAAAGUCGAGGAACUGAGGAAAGAAGCCAACAGUGUAUUACACGGGGACACAUCAGUUUAUGAAACAAAAACUAGCAAAAAUGGCUCAUCAGAUCAUCAAUGGGCUAAAACACUGUUGACAAAAGGUACAAUAGCAGACAGAGUUGCUGCUGCCACUAUAUUAAUACAGGAUAACCCAAUAUACAAUUUGACAGCGCUAAGAAAUCUGAUAAACAGUGUCAAACCUGCUAAAAAGAAGGACGGUAUUGUUAUUAUUGAUGCACUCUCAGAGCUGCUAAUAUCGGAACUGUUGAUACCAGAUGUUAAACUACGUACGUUCGAACAGCAUCCUCUGGACAAACUAGAGGAAAUGACGUCCGGUAACAAGCAAGCUAAGAGGAAUAUACUCAAGCUGUGGUACUAUGAGGAUCAGCUUAAAGAGCUGUACGGAACGUACGUGGAAGCGUUGAACAAGUUCGCACAUGACUCGGUGGAUGCCAAUAAGGAGAAGUCGGUCAGUGCGAUGUCGUACCUAUUGAUGCAUCACCCGGAAAGGGAAAAAAUGCUGUUAGCUAACAUAAUAAACAAGCUGGGAGACCCGAGUCAAACGGUGGCAUCAAAGGUUAUCUACCACCUGUGCCAGCUGCUGUACAACCACCCAAACAUGAAGUCCGUUGUGCUCACCGAGAUAGAGAAGAUGCUUUUCAGGUCAAACAUUUCAUCGCGCGCCCAAUACUACGGUAUCUGUUUCCUGAACCAGUUCUUCCUCGGCAAGGAUGACAAUCGUAUAGCGGAGAACUUAAUAAGGAUAUAUUUUGCUUUCUUCAAAGCUUCUAUUAAAAAGGGCGAAAUCGACUCUCGGCUAAUGUCGGCCAUUCUGACAGGCGUGAAGCGCGCCUACCCAUUCGCCGACAAAGACCGGCUUGCAGAAACCUCCAGCCACGUGGACGCUAUACACAGACUGGUGCAUCUAGCGAGCCUCAAUGUCGCCAUACACGCUUUGGCGCUUCUGUACCACAUCAGUGAUGCUUCCAAAGGCACUUCGGAUAGAUAUUACACCGCCCUCUACCGGAAACUAACGAACGCGGAAAUUUUCAACACUACACAUUCCGCACUACUCUUCUCGCUCAUAUACAAGUCAGUGAAGCAGGACACCAAUGUUGAACGAGUGACGUCAUUCAUAAAGCGACUUCUACAGUUGUGCUGCUACAUGAACCCGGCUCAAGCUUGCGGAAUGUUAUUCUUGGUAUCGCAAGUUUUGAAAAAUGCCGACAAGAAGGACGCACUCAAAUUAGUUUGGAGUAAAAAGGAAUCAAAGGAGGAAAUCAAAGACGACCCCGAAACUCAGCAAGACUCAGAAGAGGUUGUGGAAGAUAUAGCAUCAGAACUAAAAGACACAGAGGAGAAAGUUGAAGAGAACGUAGAAGAAGUUAAAGUAGAGAAGAAGAAGAUUGAUCUUUUGCAUGGUGAUAAAAGAGAUCUGUUAAUAGAAGACGACGAAGAAGAAACAUACGUCGACCUGAAGAUCGACGACGAAGGUAACAUAAAGCCCAAGAAGCGACGCGCGACCGCUGUGACGGGCUGGUAUCACGCGAAAGUUAAACCUGACGAAAAGAAAGAAGAGACAGAAGACAAAGAAGUUACCGCUAAGAUACAGCUAAAAAAGACAAUUAAUAUGGAUAAAGUGAUAACGGAAUACAGUCCGCACGCACGCAACCCGGCGUUUGCGGGCGCUCACUGCACGGCGUAUUUGGAGCUGUUACCGCUGGCGAACCACUUCCAUCCAACCGUGAAGCUGUUUGCUGAGAAAUUGAUACACGAUCAAAUAAUCCAAUACAGCGGUGAUCCGCUCAAAGAUUUCGCAGGUAUACGUUUUCUGGAUCGCUUUGUAUUCAAGAAUCCUAAGAAACGUACCGACGACCAAGUCGAAGGGGAGGUAAAGAGGGUCAAGGGCUCGCAUCCCAAGUUUGCUGUACGGAAGAACUACAUGGCAAAGGGUAUUAAAAGUAUAUCCGUGAACUCAUCAACAUAUUUGAACGAAGAUGCAAAGAGGAUUCCUGUGGACGAGAAAUUCUUAUAUGAUUUCCUACAGAAACGUCGGCACGUCAAAGAUCCGGACGACGAUGAAGACAGUGAUAACGAUUCAGUGACCAGCGAAGACUUUGAACAGUACCUCGACUCGUUAACAACAUCCAAGGCUGCACAAGAGUCUGACGAGGAAUUAGAUUAUCUAGCGGAAGUUGCUGCGGCGAAACAGAAGCGUCCCGGCAAAGGUGACGAGCAACAAAGCGAUGAUGAACUUGGCGGUGGUGGUGAUGAUGAUGAUGAUGAAGCUAUUGGUGAACAUAGCGGUGAUGAAGAUGGCAGUGAUGGUGACUUGGAUAUAUCGGGAGAUGAAGACGAACCUGCGUUAUCUGGAGAUGAGGAUGAAUUGAUGCUUGAAGAUAGCGACGACGAUGAAGAACAAAUUGAUGUACCUGGGAAAAAAAUGGCAAAGAACAGGAAUAAACUUAAACUUAAAGGCAGCGAAGACCUAGGUUCAUUAUUCGCUUCAGCAGAAGAAUUCUCUACAUUAUUAGAGGAAACAGCGACAAACAAAAAACAAGGUUCGAGUCAGGCCGUCUCGAACACAGAUAACGCUAGCACAAAACAGCUUGCCUGGGAAGAUAAUAGGGAUAGAUGGAUCAAAGGAUACAAUAAAAAAAUCCUCGGCCACAAGGGAAAUAACAAAAAUUUCAAGAAAAACAACUUCAAAGGCAACCCAAACAAGAUGGCGGAUAAAAAAGGCGGGAAGCGAAAAGGCAGUGACUUUCACGCCGCUGGCGGAAAAAAGAGGAAACAAAAGUAA